UAAUAAAAAGAAAAAAAAAGAAAAACUGUUCUCUCAAUAGCAGGACGAGAUCUCUCUCUUGUUUGGGUGCCCGGGGCUCCUAUCCCAUUCCCCCUUACUCUGCUCAAUCAGCUAAACGAAAUGUGUUUUUGGGUUAUUAGGCAAGAAGUGUUUUGAGAUAGUUUCUAAAGUGACGUGGCUUAAUUUUCUUCUUUUCCUCUUUUCUUCGUCUUCCUCAAUCUCACCUCAUCAUCACUUUCAUCUUCUCUAUCUCUCCACUGAUCCCACCAACCACACUUACUUUUCUCAAUCUCACCUCAUCGAAUCUCGCCCACUACUAACUUGUUGUCCUAAUCGAAGUUAAGUUGGAGAAGAACAAGAAACACCAGGGGGAAUAGAUCGUAAGGAGAAGGAAGGAGGAAGAUGGGAGAUAUUUGGGCAUGCCUUAUAUCCUUCUUCUCCCUCAUCGCUCUUGUCGAAAUCAUCGUCUACGAGGUUGAUUCUGAGAAAGAACCAAUUAAAAGAGAUAGUAGCCCUGGGCCUGACUCUGCUCCUCCUAGUCCGAAACUUGCAUCUCCUGCAGCAGAGCCUUUGGCUAUGGAGGUUGAUUCUGAGAAACAAACGAUUAAAGAGGAGAGGAGCCCUGAACCUGAUACUGAGAAACAAUCGAUUAAAGGAGAAAGGAGCCCUGAACUUGUCAGUCUUGAGAUAGAUAACUUGUUCGGAUUCUUGGCCCCUUCGAGAAGAAAUAUGAACAUGUUUGUGCUACUGCUUCUUCUCUUCUUGAACAAGACAGUUUUUCAGGGGGAAAGAGGAGAGUUCGGCCAAUUACCCAAAACAUCAGACAGGCCAACAUGUUUGUGCUACUGCUUCUAUCUUUUUUUUUUCAUAAUAAUUUGAAAUUGUAUAUUGGGUAUCUUUUUAUUUUCAAAUAAAAUUUAGUAUUACUU